AUGUCCUCUUCGUCAUCUCCAGCGGACGAUGUUCUUGAUAAUGUAGUGCAGUCGGUCGUUUCCAUACAUAAUAUGCUACAACAACGUCUUAAUAACAUUGGAUCAAGCAACGAUCAACGUAAACGAAGAAGAUAUAUUCAAAGACAGCGUGAAGCCGCCCACCAACGUCCCAUGCAAGAUUAUUUUGACGAGAAUGCCCUCUUUGAAGGAUAUUUUUCCGUAGACGGUUUCGGAUGCAUAAAGAUUUGUUUAUGCCAUAUCGCACCCCCUGAUGCAUUAGACGAGAGUUUUAGCAUGUCUGCACGUACUGCCCGAGAUAGUCUUCAUGAAUUUUGCAUAGAUGUCAUGUCUUUGUAUGGUCCACGAUAUUUGCGUCGGCCUACUACUUGUGACAUACAACAAUUGUAUGCUCAUCAUGGAAAUGUCCAUGGUUUGCCUAGGAUGUUAGGAAGUUUAGAUUGCAUGAACUGGAGAUGGAAUGUGUGUCCUAAAGCAUAUCAAGGACAAUACACAAAGGGCAAUUAUCAUUAUCCCACGGUCGUACUUGAAGCUGUAGCGUCACAAGAUUUGUGGAUCUGGCAUGCCUUUUUCGAUAGUUCCGGUUUGCUUAAUGACGUUGAUAUUCUCAAUAAUUCACCAAUAUUCAACAAGGUGUAUGACGGUACUGCCCCAGAUUCGUCAUUUGUAUUGCGAGGAACAGAAUACAAAUUUUGGUACUAUCUUGUGGAUGGGAUCUAUCCCGACCUUUCUAUUUUCGUUAAAAGUUUGUCAUGUCCGGAUGACCCUCAGAGAGCCAAAUUUAAGAGAGUUCCAAAAAAAGCAAGAAAAGAUAUUGAACAAGCGUUUGGAGCACUUAAAAAGCGUUGGAAGAUAGUUGCAAAACCAUCCAUUUUUCGUGAUAUUUCUAAUAUGACAUAG